CUGCAAAGCGAACAACCCAACAUCACAACGACCUUUGAAAAACGCGCGAAGCCGAUUCUCCCCCUUCCUGAUUGCUCUAUCUGCACGCCAGCUGUUGACCUCAAAGGGAGAACCAAAACCCUGCCUAAGCACUGUGUUCGAUCUAAUUAAACAGUUUGGAUUUCUUUUACUCUGUCGAUUGAUCGUAGUUUGCGGGCAGCAAGGAUCACCGUGCCGAUGAUCCGUCGUCUUUUCAGACCUAGGGUUUCUUGUGUGUUGUUAUUGUUAUGUUCGAUUGUCCUAAGCUACUCUACAGCAGUAGUAUCAGCUGCAGUUGUUACCCUUGAUUCCAUAGAGAUAUUCAGAACCCAUGAAUGGUUCCCAUCCAAGCCGACGGUUUAUUUCCAGUGCAAAGGGGAGAACAUGACAGUUUUACCUGAUGUGAAAGAAAAACAUGUCUUUUACUCAUUUAAAGGUGAAGAGUCCUGGCAGCCUCUAACAGAACUUCAAGAUAUAAAGUGCAAGCGUUGUGGAUUCUAUGAGAAGGACACUUUCGUACCCAAUGAUGUAUUUGACGAGUGGGAAUUUUGUGCAUCGGAUUUCAUGAGGUCAGAUGGGAGAUACAUUCAUUACAAAGAGAAAGAGCUCAAUGCCACAUUUCUAUGCCCAGAAUGUGUCCGACUUGGAGGCGCUUCAAAUCACUCAUCCAAAUCAAACAAUAGCCCGAAGGAGAUGCAUUGGGCUGUGAUUCUGGUUAUCUGUGCUUUAGUCUCAGUUGUAUUUAUUGCUGGCUUCGUAACUGCAUACAAGUACUGGCAGAAAAGAAAGAAGCAGCAAGAGCAGGCAAGGUUCCUGAAACUGUUUGAAGAAGGUGAUGACAUUGAGGAUGAAUUGGGUAUCGGCCCCCUGAGCCAUAUAGUUUGAGUUGUUCCCCUUUAUACUUGUGCCUCUUUAACUUCAUGUGUAUAGCAAAGUUCUCAACUACCAAUUGACAAUCCAACUAGGCAUAGUUUGCAUGAUUCCCCUGUACAAAAUUAAUGCAUCGCAUGGCCAUGGAUUUUUGGACACACAAAACGCAAGAACUACAGACGACUUGUAUAUGUUCCAUGAUUUUGGAGAAUCCAAAGGAGAAAUGGCAUUAUCAGCGUA